UUUCAUCUCAAUUUUUAAAACACAAUACAAUUUGUUAAAAAGGGCGGGUUAGGGCUUCGAUCUCAUUUUGGUAUUUCGCAUAGCAAAUCUUCUUAUUUUUGUCAAAUCUCAUAUAAAGCAGUAAUUUUUACAUAUAGUUUCUUUUUUCCCUAAUUUCCGUACUACUUAUUUAUUGUUGAAUUAACUAAACCAAAAAAGUUUUGAUUUUUCGAUUUAUGCAAAUUGUCGACUGAAUUUGAACCCAAUUUGUUGAAAAGUCGACUUUUUUUCAUUGAAGAUGGCAAAUUAUUAUGACAUUGAUGAUAUAUUAGCUGAAGAAGAGCUUGUUCCAGCUGUGUUCUUACAAACAGCUAAUGAAGUUGGGAUUUUUGAUUGUGCUGAUGAAACUAACAAGGUGGUAGCUGGUACACAAGUAGAAAUGCCCUUUUGGCUUGCCCAGGAGCUAUAUGUGAGACAGGCCGUGUCGAUCAAAGUUCCUCCAUACUUUGAUACCAAAGCCAAAACGAGGAACGAGAUAGGAGCUGACGCAGCACAUGUGGAUCUGAGAAGUCUAUGCCCCUACUUUUAUAAUUUUGGAUGCAAGAUAGCACGCCUGAUUGGUGAGAAGACCAUUGGACCUCUACUUCUAGUUGCAUUUCGAACAAGAUACAGAGAAGUCCUCAUCAAGGCUCAUACUGCAACAUCAAUUGUGGUUCCCAAGCACUUGACUCUUCUGACAAAAGAAGAGACUAAAUUGUAUGAUGCUGGUCAGUCGUCAACAGCAGCAUUUAAGAAGUGGCGAAUGGGAGGUCCUAGAAUGCAGAAAGCUUCUGUACUUGGGAGAAAGAGGAAGCCAGUGGAAUGAGUUUUAAUACUUGAAAAGAUAUGAUCAUUCCUUCUAAGACGUGAAGAUGUAGUAUCUAUUUGGCUAUUUUAUGAAAUUUACAUCUCUUUUCAAGCGUAUUGUAAAAUGUUGAUCUCAAGACUAGCUGAUAAGGUUAAGAUGGACAUUUUUACGUUAAAAUAGCACGGGCUAGCCAGUUUUCGGACUGGUCAUUCAAAAAUA